AUGUCGAACAACCAAGAACCCAGCCACGAUGAGAGUUUGAGCAACCUGCCUGCGGGCAUGACAGACGUUGAACUCGGUGGUCAAAAAGGCCUCCUCUCCCCCCUCGGCGACCCUCUAGGCAACGCCCUCAACAAAGGUCUUUCUCCCGUUGGCACAGCAGUUGGUGGACUUACGAAUGGAGGAUACACGAAGAGCAAGGAGAUGGAUAAGCCAAAGGAGGAGGAGAAGAGUAUUGGUGGGAAAGAACAGACUGGACAGAACCCUUUGGGCCUGUGA